CUGUCUGAAGCCCAAAACUCCCCUCAAGACUAUCUUAAUGCCCACAAUGCAGCCCGUGCCCAGGUUGGGGUUGGACCCAUGGUAUGGAAUGAUAAAGUAGCAGACUUUGCUCGAAACUAUGUUAAUCAGAGGACUGGUGACUGCAACCUCGUCCACUCUGGUAGCCGAAGCUAUGGAGAGAACCUUGCAAAGGGCAGUGGAGAUUUUACCGGAAAGGCAGCAGUUGAUUUAUGGGUGUUGGAGAAGCGCAAUUAUGAUUAUAAAUCGAAUUCUUGUGUUGUAGGAGAGUGCCGGCAUUACACACAGGUAGUGUUGCGUAAUUCACUGCGCCUUGGAUGCGCUAGAGCCCGGUGCAACAAUGGGUCGUGGUUUGUAUCUUGCAACUAUGCUCCUCCUGGUAAUUUUAUCGGCCAGCUCCCAUAUUAAGGAUAUUCUGGGUAUUUAGUCUAAUAAGAUUGAACAUGAUAGUUAUGUUGAGUCAUAAAGUACUACACGAGUACGCGACUUCAAAAAUUAAUCUAAUAGC